CGGCUGUUCUCUCAUCCCCCUGUACACCUCAAAUCCAUUUCUCAAACUGCACGAAGCCGUUGUCAACUGUACCCGGCAAUGUGGACGGAGGAUUGUGAAAAAAACACACUCUGCUUGAAUCCAGAAAGUAUGCGCGACCGUCCGGCGCUGUGGCGGAGGGGAAGUUGCGACUCACAGCUGGAGGACCGGCAACUUUUAUAGACUUUCAAGUCCACUGCGUGCAAGUAGCCAAUAACCACAGUUCAGACUUUUCUUUUUUUUUUCUUUUUCCAUUGACUCCCGGAUUGCGGAGAUUGUGGAGAGCUUUGAUAUUAGAGCACUGUGUUUAGGUUAUGUGUUGCACAAGGAAAUGGCAAAUCAUUGACGAACAGGUUUCUGAUGUCUGUGGCUGGCAAUGGAGAAUAAUUAACAGGGACGUUUCCCGGGAUUAACUGACAGAAGAACGACAGAAUGCGGGAGAGGGACCUGCAGAGCAUCUGCAGUAGGGUGCUGCUGCUGACCAUCUGUAUGGUGUCGCUCUGGGGACAAAUGGCCAGUGCAUCAUCACAUCGAAGCCACAUAGUUCACGUGAAAGCAGGAACCUGCGAGGUAAUUGCUGCGCACCGAUGCUGCAACAAGAACAAGAUCGAAGAGCGAUCCCAAACUGUCAAAUGCUCCUGCUUCCCUGGACAGGUGGCGGGAACAACGAGAGCGGCUCCAUCUUGCGUAGACGCAUCAAUAGUUGCACAGAAGUGGUGGUGCCAGAUGCAUCCCUGCAUGGAUGGAGAGGAGUGUAAAGUGCUGCCAGAUCUGAAAGGAUGGAGCUGCAGUACAGGGAACAAAGUUAAGACAACUAAGGUCACCCGAUAGUCGUGUAUUUCAAGGACAACCUUAUUUGGAACUAGAUAUCAUUUCUUUGACCAACGCAGUAGGACAUUUGGAUACCAUGUGAUUUAAGGAUUGGUGGAAACAAGGGACCAACAAGGACAGUAAUCACGGACAUUCCAGUGAACGGGAGGAAGAAAAGUACCAGGGAGCUCCAUUUGAAACUCAAUAGCCAAACAGAUUACUGGCCUUUGAUUUAGCAUCAACAGUAGCUAUCUCUGCUGCCCACCAGAUCUCUCUUUGUAUUAUAGUUAUAUUCCUAUGGACUACGAGACUUAACCAUGAAGUUAUCUAUUGACUCGAAGACUGCAGAGUGCCCCAGAAAGACAAAAUCACCCGGAAAACAAAAUCAUGUGAUGUGAAACUUUUGUGCCACUUCUUGCCACACAGAGCCCUUGGACUCCUGGCACAUAUCUGUGUGGAUGAUCUUGUGAGAUAAUAAGCAUUUCCAUUCUUUUUAGCCUUAUGGAGCAGAUAUCUGUUCUGUUUCUUUGUGUUGAAUGGAGGGAGUCUAGCUUUUUUUUUUUUUUUAGUUCUAGUAUGUCAACUCUUAUUUUCAAAAACAAAGGACAAAGCAUUCAAU